AAAAAUCUUAUCUAUUUUAGAUGUCUUUUGCGGGAAAAGUUGUUCUGAUAACAGGGGCCAGUUCAGGAAUUGGAGCUGAAACAGCUAUUCACUUUGCUCAGCUUGGUGCAUUGCUAUCGAUAACAGGGCGUAAUAAGCACAAUUUAGACAAGGUAGCCGAACAAUGUGGACAACCAAAACCUUUUAUUAUAACGGGAGAUUUAGCCAAUGAGAAUGAUGUGAAAAAUAUUAUCGACUCAACAAUCAAACAUUAUAGCAAAUUAGAUGUUUUAGUUAAUAACGCUGCAAUUGUAGAAUUCGGUAGUAUAGAAACUCCAAGCUUAGAACAGUACGACAAUAUUUUCAAUGUAAAUGUUCGAUCAGUAUUUCAAUUGACUACACUAGCAGUGCCACAUUUAAUCAAAACCAAAGGCAACAUUGUAAAUGUUUCAAGCGUGGCUGGAUUACGACCACUGAAGAAUAAUCUGCCAUAUUGCAUGAGUAAGGCGGCUCUGGAUCAAUUUACGCGUUGCGUUGCUUUAGAAUUGGCAUCACGACAGGUGCGUGUGAAUUCCGUAAAUCCUGGCGCUAUACCAACAAAUAUUCUUCGGAACACUGGACUGACAGAAGAACAGGUUAAAACUAUUUUCGAGCAGUUAAAAGGAGGGCAUGCUUUAGGAAGAAACGGUGACACUUUAGAAAUCGCAAAAACUAUUGCAUUUCUAGCAAGUGACGAUGCUAGUUUUAUAACAGGAGUGACAAUGCCUGUAGAUGGAGGUUGGCAUGUUAUGCCUGCUCAAAUCUAGAUUGCGAAGCAGUAAAAUGUACGCUCCAACGUAGAG